GCAGCAGAUGCUGAGGAGAAGCUAAUGAACCACCUACUGAGUCCUACCAGAUAUAAUAAGUUAAUUCGCCCUGCUGUCAACUCCUCACAGUUGGUAUCUAUAGAAUUGCAGGUUUCCCUGGCACAGCUGAUCAGUGUGAAUGAACGUGAGCAGAUCAUGACCACAAAUGUCUGGCUAAACCAGGAAUGGACUGACUAUCGUUUGGCUUGGCAGCCCUCUGACUAUCAAGGCAUAAAUAAGCUAAGGAUCCCUUCUAAACACAUCUGGCUGCCAGACAUUGUGCUUUACAAUAAUGCGGAUGGUACAUAUGAAGUUUCCCUGUAUACAAAUGUGAUUGUAAAGAAUAAUGGAAGCAUUUUCUGGUUGCCUCCGGCCAUCUACAAGAGUGCUUGCAAGAUUGAGGUGAAGCACUUCCCAUUUGAUCAACAAAACUGCACACUGAAGUUCCGCUCAUGGACAUAUGAUCACACAGAAAUUGAUAUGGUACUUAAAACUUCCAUGGCAAGCAUGGAUGAUUUUACACCAAGUGGAGAAUGGGAUAUUGUAGCACUUCCAGGAAGAAGGACUGUAAACCCCUUAGACCCAAAGUAUGUUGAUGUGACAUAUGACUUUAUUAUUAAAAGGAAACCUCUUUUCUAUACCAUCAAUCUUAUAAUUCCCUGUGUGCUUAUUACAUCAUUGGCUAUCCUGGUGUUCUACUUGCCUUCAGACUGUGGGGAAAAGAUGACCUUAUGCAUAUCUGUACUGCUUGCCUUGACUGUGUUCUUAUUGCUGAUCUCUAAAAUUGUCCCUCCAACAUCACUGGACGUUCCACUGAUUGGGAAGUAUCUGAUGUUUACAAUGGUAUUAGUAACAUUCUCAAUAGUUACCAGUGUCUGCGUAUUGAAUGUCCAUCACAGAUCUCCCAGCACCCACACUAUGCCCCCAUGGGUAAAGGUGGUUUUUCUUGAGAAACUUCCAACUAUUCUGUUCAUGAAACGCCCAGAGACUACCUCUGCAAGGCAAAGAUUAAGCAACCGCAGAAAGACUAAAUCUGAAAAUCUAUGCACUAAUCCAGCUGACCUGUACAAAAACUCUACCUACUUUGUGAACACAGCUUCUGCCAAAAAAUAUAACCUGAAAGUUACUGAGAAUUCAGAUAACAUCAGUGGCCAUCAAGAUUUUAAGUUAAGAUCUUCAAUGAGGUUUUCUCCAGAAGUCCAAGAAGCCAUUGAAGGAGUCAGUUUUAUAGCAGACCACAUGAAAAGUGAUGACAAUGAUCAGAGUGUCAUUGAAGAUUGGAAGUAUGUUGCCAUGGUAGUGGACAGACUGUUUCUUUGGAUAUUCAUCUUUGUUUGUGUCCUUGGGACUGUUGGAUUAUUUCUCCAGCCACUUUUUCAAAACCACUCUGCUGCUGCAAGCCCUUAACACUCAACUGUAAAAUGCUUACCCAGCUGCUGCUGCCCCUUAUUUUGCUCCAAGUUCCUCUGGUGUAAAUCCAAUGUAAUACCAUUGAGGUCAGCUGAGUUUGUCUGGAUUUAUAUUGGUGAACUGAGUGCAGACUUUGACCUGUGGUGUUAUCAUGAUGUUUGGAAUUUUCCAGGAGACAAUCUUUUAUCUCUAAAUUUAAAUUACUUUGAAAAAAGAGCCAAUAUAUCACCCAAUUUGUUUAAUAAAGGUUUUACAGAGAUAUUUAUUUCUACAACUUUCCAGUUUUCCUCAGAGUACACCAGUAUCAUCAUUAAAAUGCUAUUUACUUAUGCCAUCUUGGGGAAGACACUGUGCUUCCAGAAGAUCCUGCAGUUCACAUCGCACAAUUUUGCUGUUUCAAAGAAGCAAUUGCUACAGUAUUUCCUUAAAAUACAUCAAAACUCUGUGCUUGGUUUAUAGAAAACUUUAUGAAUGGAGUUAUUAAAUAUUUUAUCUGCUUUGAAUAGGCUAUUCUAGAUAGAACAGAAUAGUAAACAGUGCCAUGAUUCUGGGGUAACCAUGAGAAAGUUUCUAACCUUGGCACUUUCACUAAAGGAUCCCAAAUAAAUAAAUGAAU